ACUGAAGAAGAAGAAUUUCCCUCCAAAAUAGUUGGGUUUAUUUUGCCAAAAGCGAGCUUUGAAUUUGUUUACCAACCGAAUGAGAGAACCAGCUCGAUGAGCACCAUUCUAGACAACUUCCAACGCGCCGAGAAAAUCGGCGAGGGCACCUACGGAAUAGUUUACAAGGCGCGGAGCAACGCCACCGGCCAGGAUGUGGCGCUCAAAAAGAUCCGGCUGGAAGGUGAAACGGAGGGCGUUCCCUCGACGGCCAUUCGAGAGAUCUCCCUGCUGAAGAACCUGAAGCACAAGAAUGUGGUCCAACUAUUCGACGUGGUCAUCUCCGGCAACAAUCUUUACAUGAUAUUCGAGUACCUGAACAUGGACCUUAAGAAGCUGAUGGACAAGAAGAAGGAUGUUUUCACACCACAGUUGAUAAAGAGCUAUAUGCAACAGAUCUUAGAUGCUCUCGGCUUUUGCCACACCAAUCGUAUACUGCAUCGCGAUCUCAAGCCCCAAAACCUACUCGUAGAUACUGCUGGCAAAAUAAAGUUGGCUGACUUUGGUCUGGCCAGGGCUUUCAAUGUGCCCAUGAGGGCCUACACCCACGAAGUUGUCACCCUUUGGUACCGAGCUCCGGAGAUUCUGCUGGGCACCAAGUUCUACUCCACGGGCGUGGACAUCUGGAGUCUGGGCUGUAUUUUCUCGGAGAUGAUAAUGCGCCGCUCCUUGUUUCCCGGAGACAGCGAGAUCGACCAACUUUAUAGGAUAUUCCGCACGUUAAGCACCCCCGAUGAAACCAAAUGGCCAGGGGUUACGCAGCUACCGGACUUUAAGGCCAAGUUCCCCAAGUGGGAGGCCACCAAUAUGCCCCAGAGCAUAACCGAACACGAGGCCCAUGAACUCAUAAUGUCCAUGCUGUGCUAUGAUCCCAACCUGCGCAUCUCUGCCAAGGACGCCCUGCAGCACGCCUACUUCCUCAACGUGCAGCAUGUUGACCAUGUGGCCCUGCCCGUGGACCCCAAUGCCGGCAGUGCCUCGCGCCUAACGAGGCUCGUCUGAGCGUGAUCCAUAGUCCCAGGUCUAGCAAAUUACUUGUGAUCUUUAGUAUACUGCCAGCUCCAUUUCAUGCAUUUCCCACCCUCAAUUGCAUCUAACACACACGAUAAAUACACGAUCAUCCAUCCA